AUGUCCCGUGUAAGGGCUACUGAGUUCGAGGAAAGGGACUACUACCCUGCUCCUCGACGUUCAGCUCCGGAGGGGCUUGAUGAAGUCGACUAUCGUCGUCGCACCGUCACCAUCAGCCCUCCCCCGCGCGAGGAAUCUCGUACACCCGCCUUUUUGCGAGAAGAUACUCGCCGGACAGAAGCUGGUCCCAUGGUCUUGCGCCAGCGUCAAGUAGAGACCAUCGACCGACACCGACCCAGAAGUCCCAGCCCAGUUCGUGUUCGAGAGGAACGCAUCAUUCGAAGGCCACGCAGCAUUUCACCCAGCAGCCAUCACUCGCACGACCAUGACCAUGAGCGUUCUCGAACCAGAGUUUACGAGCGAGAGCGAGUCAGAGAACCCUCUCAACCACCUCCCAGGCGAGCUCCUUCGCCCGCCCGUGUUGUCAGAUACGUUGAGCGACCAAGGUCGCCUUCUCCUCCGCCCGCCCCUCCAGUUGAGGAGCGGGAGCGCAUUCGCACUCGUAUCAUUGAGCGCGAGAGGGCUCCUUCGCCCCCUCCGGUUCCCAAACCUUCUCCUCCACCUCCUCCGCCUCAGACUAUCCGCGGACCAACAAUCGAGCGAGAGGUUAUCACCCACUACCGAGAUAUCGACCAUGGCAUGAUCAAAGCUAGACCCCCUACUCCUCCUCCCCAGCCAAAGCCUCAGCCUCGUGCUCCUUCCCGAGUCCGAGAGCGUGAGACAGAUAUCGAUAUUUCUUUGUCAAAGAACAGAACCGAAGUGGAUGUCACUCGCACAUCGCGCACUCGUUCUCAAAGUCGGGAACGACGAUCCGACUACCGCGAUGACGAACUUGUGGUUCGACGCGAGUCCGAGACGACCCGGCGUCGAGCCCAUUCAGCUGCUCCUCUGCCGACACCCAGUGCUGUGGACGAAGAAGGCGACUAUCUUACCAGCAAGAUUGACUCUCGCGGCCGAAUGGGUGAAGCCUGGGGCGGUGCUACCAAGGACUGGACACUCGUUGAUGUUCCUCCGGGCACUGAACGCAUCCGCAUGGAUGGAGUCGGCGGUGGAAGUACCGAGACGAACUGGACGAGGUACAGUGGUUCCAGGAAGAGUAAAUUCAUUCCUGAGAGGGAUGGCGCUCCCUUACCUGCUCCUGCGCCUUCGCCAAAGCCUAUCCUCAAAGACCCCUCACCCCCGGAUACUCGUGACCGUGUUAAUGUUUCCAUUUACGACCGCGAGAGGGAAAUUGAUAUCGAACGAACACGCGAAACCCGUUCUCGACCUGCUCCUCCACCACCCAAGGACAUGUGGACCGAGAUCACCAAGGAUCUCGUUCUACGUGAAGCUAUAGAGAGCUCUGGAUAUGAAUAUGAGGAGACCAAGGAGUUCUACUACAUCAUGGACUAUCUUAAAUACGACGACGUUCUUCGCCUAGUUGACGUUUCCGAUGAGAUCCGACGAUCUCGAAAGCAGCGCGCGAGAGAACUCGAGUAUGAAAGAGAAUACCAGUUCGACUAUGAGCGCGAUCGUCACCGACACAGCCACCCUCGUUGGGACGAGGUGACGGAACGUGAGACGUUUUAUGACACCCGCCCACCCCGAGGCUACCUGCGUUAA